UCUAAUACAAAGUGAUAUUCACUAAACAAUUUCUUUUACAAAUACCUACGCCAGUAAAAGUCAAAGCUAACUUAAUAAUGGCGACGAACGCCGAAGGUCCUUGUGAAUCAAAAUUACCUACUGUGUUGAAUAUAGGGGGAAACUUAACGACAAGCGAGGAAAAUGCUUCAAGCACACAGCAAAUUACAAGGUGCCCAGCCACUAGUGGGCCACAGGAUACACAACUGCAGCAACAUGACUAUGAAGCUGUGCUCGAUAUGAUAGGUUUCGGUUGUGCGCAAUGGAUAAUACUGCUGGUGUGCGGCUUGCUUUUGAUGGUGGUUAUUGACGAAACAGUCGGCAUGAGCAUCAUAACGAUCGCUUCACAAUGCGAUUUUGCUACAUCUGCGAUUGAUAAGGCCAUAAUGAAUGCGUCUAGUUUUGCGGGCAUCGUAAUAUUUUCAUACGUUUUUGGAUACCUCAGCGAUACGGUGGGAAGACGGACCAUAUUGCUUUAUUCUACCUCUGCGGCAAGUCUCAUCUCCGUUGUAUCCAUUUUUAUACCGAAUUAUUGGGCUUAUGUGUUUAUGCGUUUUGUUGUAGGCGUUUUUUAUGCAGGCCCCUCCACCAUAACGUUUGCAUAUUUAGGAGAGUUCUUCACAGUACGCCAUUGUGCUAUAGCCCUUAACUAUGCCAGCUUAUUUAUUGGCUUAGGGAUGGCUUAUGUACCGGCAAUCGCUUGGCCGGUGCUUUUGAUGGAUUGGUCCCUACCGAUAAGCGAUAGUUUCGCUUUUCGUCCAUGGCGUCUAUUGACGCUCUUUAAUCUGUUACCGGGAUUUUUGGCCAUUGGAUUUUUACUGCUACUGCCAGAUAGCCCCAAAGUCCUGUUAUCUUUGGGUAAACAUGAUGAAGCUCUAUCAGCUGUUAAUUGGAUAUGUAAACGCAAUACCGGUAAAGAUUUAAAACAAAUUGGUGUAGAAAAAUUGAAGGCCGAAACCGAAUUUGAAACCGAUAGAGUGUUUUUAACAAGCAAGUCGUGCUCCACCGGCAUGUCUCUUUGGUUUUCAGAGAUCCAAAAUAGAGCUAACUCAAAUACAAAUGGAAGUCAUCUGACUAUUUGCGAAUUGAUUGAUCUUUCAAUACAGGAUGAUGAAGCGCUAGCCAAUUCUACGCAGACCUGCAGCGAUCACAUCAGCAACAAAACUUAUAUUGAUUCGAUUUUACUUGGGCUGUGCUUUGUGGUGGGCUAUGCUUUGUUAGGCCCGGUAAUAAAUAUAUUUGGACGCAAAGCUACAAUUAUUGGAUCUUUACUUUUGAGUGCCAUAUUCGGCGUUCUUAUUCUAGUUUUGGUUAAUCCAAUGGCGAUCGUCAUAUGCUUCAUUCUAUUUGUCACUAUGCCAGGUAUCUGCAUAUCGCUAUUGGGCAGCGGAGUGGUCGAUCUGGUGCCUACACAUUUGCGUGGCAAAGCUGUUUGCAUUUGGUCAUUGCUUGGGCGUGCUGGGAGCAUUUUCGGAAGCAAUGUUAUCGGUGCGUUAUUAGCCUCUUACUGCAAUUUCACAUUUAGCUUCUUCGCUGGCUCCGUAAUUGUUUGUAUGUUCCUCACAAUCAUACUGCCUAUUUGA